UUGUGCUUCCUAGGGCCGGUAUUUAUCACAGUAAGGACUUCGUGACUCGUUCACUUCGGCACAGCUGGCUGAGCUGUCGCUCACUCGUUUAGUUAGCCAGUACUCUUAGCUAGUGACUUCCUUGUAAUUUGUGCUUUGAGGCUCCAGUAGCUUUGUGAUUGAAGGCACGCUGUUUCGGGCUGUUUUUUUAAAAGCCUUUUUUUCCCCCCUUGCGUGUGUGAGGCAGGAUGUCGUCCGAGAACCCCGCGUACUCUCCCUUCUUCGCCGUGAUGGGCGCCUCUGCGGCCAUGGUUUUCAGCGCCUUGGGAGCAGCAUAUGGCACGGCCAAGAGUGGCACCGGCAUCGCUGCCAUGUCUGUCAUGAGGCCAGAGCUGAUCAUGAAGUCCAUCAUCCCUGUGGUUAUGGCGGGUAUUAUAGCCAUCUACGGCCUGGUGGUAGCAGUGCUGAUUGCCAAUAACAUUUCAGAGCAGGUCACCCUUUACAAGAGCUUCCUGCAUCUCGGUGCUGGCCUGAGUGUGGGCCUUAGUGGCCUGGCUGCAGGCUUUGCCAUUGGCAUCGUGGGAGAUGCCGGCGUGAGGGGCACAGCGCAGCAGCCCAGGCUAUUCGUGGGCAUGAUCCUCAUCCUGAUCUUUGCUGAAGUCUUGGGGCUGUAUGGUCUCAUUGUGGCCCUCAUCCUCUCCACAAAAUAAGUGGAGAGCAUCCAGUGCAGUGCUGCUGAGCAGGGGGAGGGAACAAAAAAGGAAAAGUGAUAAUACAAUAGCUCCAUAACUAUGAUCUUAUCUCCACAAUGUGUACAGUUGUCUCAGUUUGGUAGUCAACCUCUUGUAAAUGUGUACCCUAGUGAUUUGUCUGUGUGUAUUUAGAAAUGCAUCUUUUCCUUACAUUUGUUUUUCAGGUUGGCCUCAGUCAUUUGUUUUCCUCUUGUAUUAAAGAACUGACUAUGACUGGCCUUUGCUCUUUUUUUUGGUUGUCAUUUUCUUGGGACAGUUACAAUUUCCACAUUGAUGUUGAGGAUCUAUAUCUGUAAAAAAAAUAUAUAUAUAAAUGGAAUAGUUUUGUUUUUGUUUCCACAGAUUUUAUUUAUAAAGUUUGAAAUGUUGAUAAAACUGUUUGAAAUGGAGCAAAUUCUUUAUUGGAUUCCCCAUCAUAUAUGUAUAUUAUAAAUAUAUCUAUGUAUAGGUAGAUUUAUUGCACUGUGGCUAGUUGUGAUUGGAAUUCCUUUGGAUGUAACUGGUUAAGAGACUGCCUUUGGUGUCCAGACUUUGGAGCGGGACUUGUAUGUUUUAAAUAUAAUGCUGACGUUAUUGAAACACUUGUAACGUGUUUUCCUGUAGUACAGUUGUCUGAUUGCAGUAAGUAUGUGCCCAGCGUGGGUUUCACACAUCUUAUUUCCAAAUAAACUUCCUCAACGUAUUCACACUUA